AAGAGGAAGAGGGAACAGAGGAACGGGAAAAGGAGCAUCAUUGUUGAGAACUAUCCUGAGGUAGGAUUCCAUCAUGGAGACGAUUGACUGUGUCGUGGCUGGUGCCGGAUGGUACGGCCUCGCCGCCGCAAAGCAAUACCGCGUCGUCAACCCCAAUGACUCCCUCGUCAUCUUCGAUGCCCAGUCCACCGUCGGAGGCACAUGGGCCGACGAGCGGCUCUACCCAGACGUCAAGAGCAACAACCUCCUAGGCACAUACGAAUACCCAGACUUCCCCAUGGACCCCAAGACUUUUGGAAUCAAGCCCGGCCAGUACAUCCCCGGCGAAGUCACAAACGCCUACCUCAAGGCGUACGUGGACAAGUUCAACCUCGGGCCUUGCUUGCGUCUGCGGACAAAGAUCACAGUCGCCGAGCAUCACGACACGGCUGAGGGCGGCUGGACGCUCACCGUCGUCAAUGGCGAGGGCCACGAGUACAAGGUCUUUGCGAGGCGUCUCAUUGUCGCCACGGGGCUCACUUCCGAGCCCUUUAUGCCGCACUUUGACGGCCAGGAGGAGUUUGGCGGGAGGAUCUUUCACAGCAAGUACUUUAAGCAGAAUCGGGACACUCUCGAGACGUCCAAGGCCGUUACCGUGUACGGAGGGACCAAGUUUGGCUGGGAUGCCGCUUACAGCUACGCCAUGGCGGGAGUCGAGGUCAAUUGGGUCAUCCGAUCCUCUGGCCAUGGUCCCUGCUGGAUCGCCCCCUCAUACGUAACUCCGUUUAAGAAAUGGAUCGAGAAGCUUGCGAACAUCCGCUUCCUCACCUGGUUCAGCCCCUGCAUCUACAGCGGCGCCGCCGGCUACACGGGCAUCCAGCGCUUCCUGCACGGCACCUUCAUCGGCCGCGCCAUCGUCAACGCCUUCUGGGCCAUCCUCGGCGGCGACGUCCUCGCCCUCAACAACUACGACGCGCACCCGGAGACGGCCAAGCUCAAGCCCUGGAUCCCCGCCAUGUUCACCGCCGCCAGCUUCAGCAUCCUCAACUACGACGCCGACUUCUUCGACCUCGUCCGCAGCGGCAAGAUCAAGAUCCACGUCGGCGAGGUCGACCACCUGAGCCCGGGUACCGUCCACCUCGCCGACGGCACGUCCUUUGCGUCCGACGCCUUCGUCUGCAACACGGGCUGGAAGAGCUCGCCGCCCAUCACCUUCCUGCCCGCCGGCAUCGAGCGCGAGCUCGGCCUCCCGCACGCCGUCGACACCGAGGCGCCGCCCGAGGACCUCGCCAACCAGCAGGACCUCCUGCGCGCCGCCGACGCCGACAUCGCCGCCCGCUUCCCCCGCCUCCGCGACCAGCCCGUCUGGAACAAGCACUACGUGCCCCUGACGCAGCAAAAGGGCGUCUCCAGCGCCGACCCCCUCAACCCCUACGCUGCCCAGACGCCCUUCAUGCUCUACCACUUCCUCGUUCCCCCCUCCGAGCGCUUCCUCCGCCCCCGCGACGUCGCCUUCAGCGGCUUCGUCAGCAACUUCAGCAACACCCUCUGCGCCCACCUCCAGGGCCUCUGGAUCGGCGCCUACUUCCGCGGCCUCCUCGCAAACGACCUGCCCGCCCGCGCGCUCGUCGACGACGACGCCAUGCGGCAGCUGCGCUACGAGACGGUGCUGCACAACCGCUUCGGCAAGUGGCGCUAUCCUGCCGAGACAAAGGCCCCGACGACCAUCUUUGACGCCGUGUACUACCUCGACCUGCUGCAGAAGGACCUCGGACUGGAUCCGCACCGGAAGCCAAAGGGGUUUCUGACGGAGGUGACGAGUCCGUAUGGUGCGGAGGAUUAUAGAGACGUGAACGACGAGUGGGAGAGCAAGGUUGGCAGGGUCGGGGCCGCAUAAACGGAGGAAAUGAUAUUUAU